UCUCUCUCUCUCUCUCUCUCUCUCUCUCUCUCUCUCUCGUCUCAACAAACACGCAGAUCAUCUCGCACACAAACAUUAAACCCAUAAACCACUCUUUCAAGACGUUGCUUCUACGAUCCCUUUCGUGAAAUAGAGUUCUUGAUCCAAAAAAUAACCCUUAAUCCAACGCCAUUUAUGUUAUACCUCCGUUUUUCUUCGCUUCGUUGUUAAGCUAAUUCAAAAAAGUAAUCGAAACAGAAAAGGUAUGCUGUCGAUAAAUUCCCGAAGCUUUACGUUUUAAAUGAAUACCACAAGUGAAGAAAUUCGAGAAGAUGGAAAGCAGAGAAGAAAGUCCAUAGGUACUCUAAGCUCUAUGAACGGCGGUCAUGGUGGUGGUUUGACCGUUUCCGGCGGCAAAACCAGACGAUUCUCCAUGGGCAUACCAAGUUCCCGAAAGAGCAUUGGAGAAGAAGGUAACAUCGUCCCUAAUUAUCUCAGAGCUUCAACUGGGUCAUGUCACGAUUUCUGUAAAUAUGGUAAGAAACAUGAACAAUCAAAGUCUUCAAUCCCCAUAAAGUUCAAAAGAUCAACAGCUGUCAAUAAAGAGAAAGUUAUUACAACAACUGUAGCUCCAAUAGAAAGAAAGAAAGCAAUCAAACCUUUUCAAGAUCCCAAAAUUCAAACGCCUCUUGAAUUAACCAAAAAGGAUGUCUCAAUCUCAUUAACAUCUAAAACGACACAAGUUUUGAAACGGGUUAUGUCAGCAAAUGGGAAACCUAAAGAUAAAGAGGUCAAAUUGGGUCAACGGUCAACUUCUCUUGUGAAACGAAGUCCAGGGUCAAAUGCGUCAAAUGGAGAGGUUGUUAAGAAGAAAGAUACUAUUCGAAUUGUCAAAAAGACAGGGAUUACCCCUAAAGCUGUUAAGAAAGAUGUCGUGAAGGGUACUCCAGUUGAAUCAAAAUCCCCUAAAGUUUCUUCUUUGAGUAGGGCUACAAGUUUGAAGGUGAUAAAACAUAAGAGUGUUAAAAAAGUGUCUCCAUUAAAGGAUCAAAACAUAGUUCAAAAAAUCGAGGUCAAGCAAAUUGAAACAGAAUCCGAGGCUAAAAGUGGGAAUAUUGAGUUCGAUUACAUUCAUGAAACUGUUGGAAUCGUUGAUGCUCCCUCAUUUCCAUCACUGGAAUUGAUGAAUGAUCCUGUUUCCAUAAACGGGUUGGAAAAAGAUUCGAUGAUCACACAAUCAGUCUAUGAAAGCUCCAAACUUGAAGAUGAUUCAUCAAUGGCAGAAGUCUUGGAAAAGCCCCAAUCUUUUUCAGAAGUUGAAGAAAAUUUGUUAAUUGCACCUCCUGUUUCUGAAAGCUCUCAAUCUUAUUAUGAUGAUGAGGUUCUUGAAGAUGAAUCUGAUUUCACUGAUGAAGAGACUGAGAGUGAUAGUGAUAAUGAGAAAGUAAACUCCACCGAAAACAACAAGAUCUCAAGAAAGGGUAGAAUGGUAAUUUCAGAAGAUAAAGAUGAUGAAGGGGUGAAGUUAAGGUUCAGAAGAGGAAAGAUUCUUGAUCUUCAAUCUGAGAAUAACGGACCUCGAAGGCUUAAAUUCAGAAAAGGGAAAGUUAUGGAGGGAAAUGAAGAGAGACCACAUGUUUCUAGAAGAAGUUUUGAAAAGAAAUAUGAAAAAGAAACAAACAAUGAUUCUAUUUCAAACAAUGGUCAUGAAAACGUUGUUUUGAAGCAUCAAGGUGAUCAAGGAAGGAAAGAUGCUCAAGGGUUGUUUAACAAUGUCAUUGAAGAAACAGCAAGUAAGCUUGUUGAAAGCAGAAAGAGUAAAGUGAAGGCAUUGGUUGGAGCUUUUGAAACUGUAAUCUCUCUUCAAGAUGGAAAACCCUAAUGAAAAAUUACUGCUUGUUUAACUACUGAGGUAAGUGACUUUUGAUGUGUUUUUUUCUCAUUUUGUUUUUGAGGUUUGACUUGUGUAUAAAUAAAGGAAGUGACAAUCUUAUAACUUUACAAGUUUUAUAUGACUGUUUGGUUUAAUUGUCGAACAAUGUUGA